ACCAGUGUAGUUUUGUACUAUUUUGGCGGCUGUGCGGAAAACAUGGCGGAAAAUUUGAAAGAUUGCAGUGUGCCUUGUAAGGUGUCUUGGGAGAAGUUGGAAGCACUGUGUCGCUUAGAGGGCCUCCACUGUGAAGAGCUUGGCGUGAGCAGAGCCAAAGUAAAUGAGUACGAAGUGGAGUUCCUCUGUGACUACAAGAAGACCAAGGACGACGAGUUCUACCUGGUUAAAUGGAGGGGCUUUGCAGCAUCAGAAAACACCUGGGAACCCAAGAGGAACCUGAAAUGCCCCAAACUGAUAAAGCUGUUUCAUGUAGACCUGGAGAAGGAGCUGAGGCGUCACAGGAGACGCAGUAUCCCUAAAAAACUGGAUAAGGAAGUGUCCUCGUUGCUGGUCCAGAAGGCUCAACUCCGUCAGAGUCUUCAGCGCUGGAUGGAACAUUUAAACACGACUCGCAACCACCCGGGUCGUAUCUUUGUUGUCAAUGAAGUGGACCUCGAGGGCCCACCGAAAAACUUCACCUACAUCAAUAACUACAAAGUGGGCCCGGGUAUUGUGUUAGAUGAGAUGGCUGUGGGCUGCGAGUGUGUAGACUGUCUAGAGGAGCCAAUCAGUGGCUGUUGUCCAGGUGCCUCCUCGCACCGCAUGGCCUACAACGACCGAAGGCAGGUCAAGAUCCGGCCGGGUCAGCCCAUAUAUGAAUGUAAUGCUCAGUGCCGCUGUGGUCCCGACUGCCCCAACAGAGUAGUGCAGCAGGGGAUCCAGUUUGAUUUGUGCAUCUUUAAGACGGAGAACGGCCGUGGAUGGGGUGUCCGCACUCUGCAGCACAUCAGGAAGAACACAUUUGUCAUGGAGUACGUGGGAGAGAUCAUCACCACAGAAGAAGCAGAGAGGCGGGGUGCCGUGUACGACCGCCAAGGCUCAACAUAUUUGUUUGACCUGGACUAUGUAGAGGACGUGUACACAGUGGAUGCAGCCUACCAAGGCAACAUCUCCCACUUUGUCAACCACAGCUGUGACCCCAACCUACAGGUGUACAAUGUGUUCAUCGACAACAUUGAUGAGAGGCUCCCAAGAAUUGCCUUAUUUUCAACGCGGGCCAUUCGAGCAGGGGAGGAGCUCACCUUUGACUACAAGAUGCACCUCGAUCCAGUGGACACAGAAAGUACCAAAAUGGACUCCAGUUUCAGUUUAGCAGGACUCCCCAGCUCUCCAAAGAAGAGGAUCCGAGUGGAGUGUCGCUGUGGAUCGGACACAUGUCGAAAAUACCUGUUCUGAUCGGAGACCGCCUGGAACACUACGUUCCCCAUCCGCCAUUGUAAAGAUGCUGUACAGAUUUUUAUAUUAUUUUUUUUAAAUUUUCUUUUAUUUUCCAAAAGUCUAAAGCCGUCAACAGUUUUUUUUUUUGUGUGUGUGUUUUUUAGAUGUGAACAUGACAAACUCUUCCCUGUGGCUGAAACCACAACCCAGAGUAUCAAAUCUUUUAUCCAUGUAUGUUAGCAAGGCUCAGAGCUGCAGUGAGUCUGUGACCUUGCAUCAGUUGAAUUCAGUGAACUAUUUCACUACUUAUCAUUGAUGAAUUGUUUGUGUUUCUCCGUCCAAGUAAAACUGAAAAAUAAGACUAGAUGGAUAGACCAUGUAGAUAAGUUACUUAACUCGCUGUCAGAGCAGUACAAGAAUGAACUACAAUAAAAAA